AUGUCAACUUUAGUAACAGCUGGAGUUUAUUUAUUAAUACGAUAUAAGAUAAGAAAUCAUUUAAUAAGUUUAAUAUUAUUUAUUUCUAGGUCUACAAUAAUAAUAUCUGGAUUAAUAGCUAAUUUUGAAAAUGAUUUAAAGAAGAUUAUUGCAUUAUCUACAUUAAGACAAUUAGGGUUAAUAAUGAGAAUUUUGAGGUUAGGAGAAGUAGAUUUGGGGUUUAUACAUUUAUUAAUUCAUGCUUUAUUUAAAUCUUUAUUAUUUAUAUGUAGAGGGGUAUUAAUUCAUCAAAUAAAUAAUAAUCAGGAUAUUCGAUUUAUAGGGAGAUUAGUUAGAUAUUAUCCUUUUGUUAGGCUUGUAUUUUUUGUAUCGUUAUUAUCAUUAUGUGGGUUUCCUUUUUUUUCUGGGUAUUAUUCUAAGGAUUUAAUUAUAGAAGUUUUUUUAAUAAGAAAGAUAAAUAUAGUAAGAAUAUUAAUAUUAUUAGUUUCUACAAUAUUUACGGUUUCUUAUAGUAUUCGUUUAAUUAUUAUAGUAUAUUUAAGUUAUAUAAAUAAAAUAAAUUAUUUUAUUUUAUUAGGAGAAAGGGCAAUAAUAAGAGUAUCAUUAAUUAUUUUAUAUUUUUAUUCUUUGAUAAUUGGAUAUUUUUAUAUAAAUUUAAUAAAUUUUACUUUAAUUAUUUUAAAUUUAUUUGAAAAAUUAAUAGUUAUACAGAUUUGUUUAGUGGGAUGUAUUUUAGGUUGAUUUAUAAGAUUUUUUAAUAUGUUAAAUUUGAGAAAUUAUAGAAAAAUAUAUUUUUCUAGAAUAUGGGGGUUAAAUUUAAUUUAUAUAAAAAUUAGAUAUUAUC